GCGAGGCUCAUCAGCAACGCCGCCAAACAGAGCCAUCGCCAUCCCCAUUUGUACUUGCAUGUUCACAUACCCGUCUCCAGACCUGACCACCACCACCACGAAAGACUCUCCAAAAACCGGCAAGAAUAUCUUGAAACCAUGGCCGCAGAUGGCGCUUCGCCCAGUUCGAGCUCGGCGUGUAGCGACGACGAUACCGAGAGAUCUUUCUCAGAUACCGAAGGUUUUAGUGGUCUCAGAGGACGGUCCGGGUCGGUAGACUCGGAAGUCCAGCCCGGCUGGGAGCUGGAAUGGAUCGAUGAUAGUAAACUGGUUCCGAAAGGGGAAGAGGGGGCGGGCAUAGGACGAUUUUACAAAUUGAAGUUCAAGGGCUAUCUCGACAUGGAAUGGCAGCCCGAGGAGAACGUUGACGCCUUGGAACUGAUCAGGUGCUAUUGGGAACACGAGCACCUUGGACAAGAACUUUGUAUCAAAGCCCAGCAGCGGUUACUAAAGGAGAUAGACGAACGGAGCGAUUCCGAGUCCGAGGACCAAAGCCGAAAAAAUAAAACCCGGAAGCAACUCAAGCCGAGGCCCCAAGUGAAUCGUCACGCCGGCCCGGAUGAGGCCGACUCAGACCGGGCAGCAUCAAGCUCCUCAUCCUCCGAUGACGAGGACGACGACGAUGGUCGGGGGCCGCUUACUUUCCAGCUGGCAGACCUCAGUCUUGCCGGGAGUAAUACCUCGAAUAAUGGAAGCUCUUCUACUUCACCUUGCCAGGUCAAGUAUGCUUUCAAGAAACCGGAAAAUAGACAGCUUUUGAACACGACCUUCCUCAAUCCAACUCCUGAUCACGAGAUAGAAGCGCGCAAGUUGUCGAAGCUCUUGCAAUUUGUCGGGCGGAUCGAGCCUUUGACGGCAUCCCCCCACUGCUUCAAAAACCCACAUCGCGCUAAGCGGGCGGAAAAACUCAUGGAAGAGAUCGAGUCUCUUAAGCGCUCGGGAUUGAAGCCGGCUGAUGGAUCACCAGGAACGAAGGCCAGAGUCAAAUUGAUUUUCAAACACCCAUCACAGGACAGUCACCCCACUCCCCUCACUUCCCUCACCACCCGUUCCGAUCCUGCUCCGACUCAAGAGAACGUAUCAGAUUCGUCGACGGACUCGCAAGAUUUGCAAAGCCGGCUGGGCUCGCCAGGCCCAUCCACCGAGCGCGUCUCUUCGCAUCCCAGCCCCGACAAUCUGCCUCAGCAGGCCAUCCCACAAGGUCGUCCGCAACCCCCAUCGCAGAUCAAGCCGCCGCGGUUCAGACCGCCAGAGAGACGCUCGGCUCCCGACGAGGACACUGGUUUAGGCCAUCCUCGCAACGCGAAGCGCAAGGUCGUCGAUCCGCAUCCUCCCCAAGAUAACCUCCCCGUCAAUCCCGCUCUUGGCCUGCCCCCACCAAGCUUUUAUAGAGCUAAAAACCAAUGCUUGCGCAAGACCGUACGAUGGGCCUCAUAAACAAUUUAUAAUAUCCGAUUCCGAUUUUUGGUUUUAGUUUUUAGUUUUGAUUCUGUUUUUGGUUUUGUAUAUGAGCUUUUCUCUUGCUUCUACACAAAUAGGUGUAUGAGGAUCCUCUUCUUCUGUCCUAUUUCUGAUUUCGAUCCUGUUUUUUGUUAUCUAUUCAAACCUUAUUUUUUUUUUUCUUGUCUCAAUUGGCUAGCUCCAACUCUGCACUAGGCCGAGCAAAUUUCCAAAUCGUCUGUUUUCACUUUCAAAACAUAUAGCACGAUUGAAUAAUCAUGUCUAGGUUUAUUAUCAUUAUUAUAUGCGAUUGACUUUUCUAGUUAUGUAUGAGGAUGUAUUAGCAGCAUAUAUAAUUCCAGCCGUCUUAUGUUCGUUGCUCACUUCCAUGUGCCUUGGUGACAUCAGAAUCGAAACAUGACAAGCUCAGCCUAUUUCCAGGAUUUUUCU